AUGUUGGACUCGAAAAUGUUGGACACGAGAAUGUUGGACACGAGAAUGUUGGACACGAGAAUAUUGGACACGAAAAUAUUGGACACUCGAGAAUGUUGGACACUCGAGAAUAUUGGACUCGAAAAUGUUGGACUCGAUAAUGUUGGACUCGAUAAUGUUGGACACGAGAAUGUUGGACUUGAGAAUGUUGGACAUGAGAAUGCUGGACUCGAAAAUGUUGGACUCGACAAUGUUGGACACAAGAAUGUUGGACUCUCGAGAAUGUUGUACACGAUAAUGUUGGACACGAUAAUGUUGGACUCGAGAAUGUUGGACUCGAGAAUGUUGGAGUCGAGAAAAUGUUGGACUCGAGAAUGUUGGACUCGAGAAUGUUGGACUCGAGAAUGUUGGACUCGAGAAUGUUGGACUCGAGAAUGUUGGACACCCGAGAAUGUUGGACACUCGAAAAUGUUGGACACGAGAAUGUUGAACACGAGAAUGUUGGUCACGAGAAUGUUUGACUCGAGAAUGUUGGAAUCGAGAAUGUUGGACUCGAAAAUGUUGGACACGAGAAUGUUGGACACGAGAAUGUUGGACACGAGAAUAUUGGACACGAGAAUAUUGGACACUCGAGAAUGUUGGACACUCGAGAAUAUUGGACUCGAGAAUGUUGGACUCGAGAAUGUUGGACUCGAUAAUGUUGGACUCGAUAAUGUUGGACACGAGAAUGUUGGACUCGAGAAUGUUGGACACGAGAAUGUUGGACACGAGAAUGUUGGUCACGAGAAUGUUGGACUUGAGAAUGUUGGACUCGAGAAUAAUGUUGGACACGAUAAUGUUGGACACGAUAAUGUUGGACUCGAGAAUGUAGGACUCCAGAAUGUUGGACUCGAGAAUGUUGGACUCGAGAAUGUUGGACUCGAGAAUGUUGGACACGAGAAUGUUGGACACGAGAAUGUUGGACACGAGAGAAUGUUGAACACGAGAUUGUUGGACACGAGAAUAUUGGACACGAGAAUAUUGAACACGAGAAUGUUGGACACGAGAAUGUUGGACUUGAGAAUGUUGGACUCGAGAAUGUUGGACUCGAGAAUAAUGAAAUCAAGAAUGUUGGACUCGAAAAUGUUGGACACUCGAGAAUGUUGGACACGAGAAUUUUGGACACGAGAAUGUUGGACUCGAGAAUGUUGGACACGAGAAUGUUGGACACUCAAGAAUGUUGGACACUCAAGAAUGUUGGACUCGAGAAUGUUGGACUCGAGAAUAUUGGACUCGAGAAUGUUGGACACGAGAAUGUUGGACACGAGAAUGUUGGACACGAGAAUGUUGGACACUCGAGAAUGUUGGACCCGAGAAUGUUGGACUCGAGAAUGUUGGACACGAGAAUGUUGGACACGAGAAUGUCGGACACAUGAGAAUGUUGGACACGAGAAUGUUGGACUCGAGAAUGUUGGACACGAUAAUGUUGGACUUGAGAAUGUUGGACUGGAGAAUGUUGGACUCGAGAAUGUUGGACUCGAGAAUGUUGGACUCGAGAAUGUAGGACACUCGAGAAUGUUGGACACUCGAAAAUGUUAG